UCCUCUAGCCCCGCCUAGCCACUAGCCCGAGCUCUUGGAGCACUCCCUACCCACCAUCGCCGCCAUGGCCGCCGCGGCCAUCCUCUCGAAUUCGGCCAAGUCGAGCCCCCUCUCCUCCUUCUACUACCACCAGAACUCCACCCAGUCCUCGAAGACCCUCCCUGACCUCUCAGACCAUCGCCAGAGCCGCUGUUGCCGUCGUCCCCGUAGAUCGCCACCGCCGGAGCCGGUUCUUUCCCCUCUUAGUCGUGGCCACCCCGCUCCUCUCCGGCGUUUCCUCUACGCGGGGAUGGAUGCGGCUGUCCACGGCGAGCCCGCCGGUGGCCUCCGUUUGGCCGGAGAUGGCCGGAGUCGCCGGGGUCGGCGCCGGCAGCGCCCCUGCCUCUGCUUCGGUCGGGCCACGAAGAGGAGGAAGAAGACGAAGGCGUUGACCAGCAGCAUGGGUCCCGCGACCCCACCUCUCAGGGGCCUGUUUGUAGAGAUAUGUUUACAGAUUGGUCCCUGCACUUCAUCGGGCUCUAACUUUUUAUCCGUAAAUCCAAAUGAGGUGAAACCAAAGCCCACUUCUUCGUUUUGCCGAGCCCAUUCUGUUGGUCAUGGUUUCACUAUGGUUUGCCACCGUGACCUUUAUGCCCUUGCCCUUAUUCAUCCCCUUCGAGAGAGUACGUUUUCCGGCGAUUUGUUCCGCAAGUUUCUGACACUUCUCCCCGGUGCCUUCUUCAUCCCCAGGCAAGCCACAAUACCCACUUGCAUGAUAGUCAUGCAGUAGC